AUGAGCUCAAAACCGAUCAUUUUAGCGAUAAUCAUAUCGUGCUGUAUAUGGAGUAUAGGACAUGCGCAUCUGAAUCUCUACAUGAGCGAGAAGGAGACCAGGGCACUGUUGGGUAUAGAUGGUGAACUAUUCUAUGUCCGUAACGGGAUCAUCAACAAAUAUGCACUUGGCUUUAACGUGCUCAUCCCCUCACAUAUGCCUAGCAUCAAUUUCACAUGGCAGAGUCUCAAACAGUCCCCAUCUGCCAUGUAUUACAAGAUGGCCUUCAAGGUAUCAAAUCCUAAGGCCAUGGCUCCACCAGUGCCAAGCCCACUUGAUAAAGAUGGGAUCGUCCCAAAUACACCUUCAAAUUUUCACAUCUCUCUGCCAUGUACUGGAAAAGUUAGCGCUGUGGUUUCCGUGGAAAUACAGCUAAACAUCAGCAUUUUUAGUGCCUCAAAUCUUACUUCUCUAAACAUCAAGCGACGUAAAGUUUGCGUCAAAGAUGGAGAAUCUGUAUAUGAUUUUGCAGCAGAAAAUGCCAACCCAGUUGAAAAUGUAGCAACAACAUCGACUAAUAUUUUCUACAUAGCUGUGGGUUGUGCAUGUGCCCUGAUAUUAGUGAUAGCGCUAAUUGUUGCUAUUUACUAUAUAUGCACGUCACGACGAAGACCCCCUAGAGACAGAAAAAGAUAUGAGGAGUAUCAGCCAAGUCAAUAUGAUACUGCAAGUUCUCAAGCGCUCAGUGCCAACACACAUAAUCAACCUCCUCUGCAUAAUGGCUCUCAGCAGUACAUGUCACAGAAUGGAAGCCUUGCAAGUAUCCCAGGAGGGAGACGUCCUGGUUACGCUUCAUCCAACUCUGACUAUAAGCCCCCUCCACAAGACCCCCGGGUGACCUUGAGUGACAUCACAAUCAACAGGAAAUGCGUCACCCUUGGAGACUGUCUGCUUACAGGGACAUUUGGAAAAGUUUAUCAUGCUAAAGUAAUCAGUGAAAGCGAAGAAGAUGGAAUAACGCAACAAGAUGUCUAUGUAAAAACUGUAACAGAAGAGGCAAGGUCUGACCAAGUGGAAGUCCUUCUCAGAGAAUGUGCCACAAUGAAAGGAUUCAACAACCCAAAUAUUAACCCUAUAAUGGCUGUAUGUAUAUGCAUAUAA